GGGCGGGCGCGGCCCCCCAGCCUCCUUUGUCUCCCGACCGCUCGGGCGCCCAGGGAGCUCGCCAUGGAAACGCGCGCCGGCGGGCGGCGGGCACCGGGGCGGGGCGCGGGGACGCGCGGAGACGGGGCGGGACCCGGGGAGACCCCGCGCCCCGCGCCGAUGAGGCUCCCGCGGCCCAUCCGGGAGGCCCGGGAGGGGAGGAGCCCGCGGACCCCGGCCCCGGCCCGCGCCCCCCGCAGACGGAGACCCCCGAGCCCCGGAGGCGGAGGAGGCGCGAGCCGGGGAGGCGGGGACGGCGCGCCCGGGGCCCCGGCUGGAGACGGACGCGCGCGGCCCCUUCGCUCCGAGACAAAGAGCCCCCGCCCCUCGCGCCGCGUCUAGGCCGGGUGGGCGCGGGGUCUCGGCGGCGGGGUCCCUCCCGCCUCCCCUCCCCCUCCGCCGCCCCCCGCCCCCGCGGGGGAGGGGCCGCGCUUUGUGCUCGCGCCGCAGCCCCCGCCCGCCGCCGCCGCCAGCUCCGCCCUGCCCGCGCGGGCGCCAGGUGAGGGGCUGCGGCCGUGGGGCCCGACCCACCCGGGCCCCGGCCCCCCGUUCCCCGCGACGCCCCGACCCUGACGCGGCCCCGAGACCCCCGCGCCGGGCCGGCCCCGCCCUCUUCGCCGAGCCCCCUCCCGACCCCCCCCAUCCGGGGCGUGCGGGUGCCCGGCAGCCGGCCGGUUGGCCAGGGCCGCAGUGCGCGGGGGAGGCCGCGGCGACGCCCCCUCUCCAGCCUCAGUUUCCCCGAGCGGUUUUGUCGCAUCCUCGCCCGCCCCUCCCCCGCAGGCGCCGGCACCGGGUCCCCCCGGGCUCAGUCUGCGGCCCCCUCCUCCAGCGCGGCUUUGUCCCCUCCGACCACGGCCUGUGGCGCCCGCGGCACCAUGAUCGCGACCAAGGAGAAGAAUAAAACCCCCAAGGACAGCAUGACGCUCCUGCCUUGCUUCUACUUCGUGGAGCUGCCCAUCGUGGCGUCGUCCAUCGUGUCCCUGUACUUUCUGGAGCUGACCGAUCUCUUCAAGCCGGCCAAGGUGGGCUUCCAGUGCUACGACCGCACGCUCUCCAUGCCCUACGUGGAGACCAACGAGGAGCUCAUCCCGCUGCUCAUGCUCCUCAGUUUGGCCUUCGCCGCGCCCGCCGCGUCGAUCAUGGUGGGCGAGGCCCUGCUGUACUGCCUGCAGUCGCGGCUGUGGGGCCGCGGCGGGGGCCCGGGCGGGGCCGAGGGCAGCAUCAGUGCCGGCGGCUGCAGCUUCAACUCCUUCCUGAGGCGCACGGUGCGCUUCGUGGGCGUCCACGUGUUCGGCCUGUGCGCCACGGCCCUGGUGACCGACGUCAUCCAGCUGGCCACCGGCUACCACGCGCCCUUCUUCCUGACGGUCUGUGAGCCCAACUACACGCUGCUGGGCACGUCGUGCGACGCCAACCCCUACGUCACGCAGGACAUCUGCUCCGGCCACGACGCCCACGCCAUCCUGUCCGCACGGAAGACGUUCCCGUCCCAGCAUGCCACGCUGUCCGCCUUCGCCGCCGUCUACGUGUCGAUGUACUUCAACUCGGUCAUCUCGGACACCACCAAGCUGCUGAAGCCCGUCCUGGUGUUUGCCUUCGCCAUUGCCGCGGGCGUGUGCGGCCUCACCCAGAUCACGCAGUACCGCAGCCACCCCGUGGACGUGUACGCCGGCUUCCUCAUCGGCGCUGGCAUCGCCGCCUACCUGGCCUGCCACGCCGUGGGCAACUUCCAGGCGCCGCCCGCGGAGAAGCCGGUGGCCCCCGCGCCUGCUAAGGACGCGCUGCGGGCGCUGACCCAGCGGGGCCACGACUCAGUGUACCAGCAGAACAAGUCGGUGAGCACGGACGAGCUGGGCCCGCCCGGGCGGCUGGAGGGUGUGCCGCGGCCCGUGGCCCGCGAGAAGACCUCGCUGGGCAGUCUGAAGCGGGCCAGCGUGGAUGUGGACCUGCUGGCCCCACGCAGCCCCAUGGGCAAGGAGAGCAUGGUGACCUUCAGCCACACGCUGCCCCGCGUGAGCACGCCCUCGCUCGAUGACCCCGCGCGCCGCCACAUGACCAUCCAUGUGCCGCUCGACGCCUCGCGCUCCAAGCAGCUCAUCAGCGAGUGGAAGCAGAAGGCGCUGGAGGGCCGUGGCCUGGGGCUGCCCGACGAGGCCAGCCCGGCGCACCUGCGGGCGCCCGCCGAGCCCAUGGCCGAGGAGGAGGAGGAGGAGGAGGAGGAAGAGGAGGAGGAGGAAGAGGAGGAGGAGGAGGAGGAUGGGGAGGAAGGGGGUCCCGCCCCACCCUCGCUCUACCCCACUGUCCAGGCGCGGCCGGGGCUGGGGCCGCGGGUCAUCCUCCCGCCGCGGGCCGGGCCGCAGCCGCUGGUGCACAUCCCCGAGGAGGGGGCGCAGGCGGCGGCCGGCUUGUCCCCCAAGAGCAGUGCUGCCGUGCGGGCCAAGUGGCUCAUGAUGGCCGAGAAGAGUGGGGCGGCCGUGGUCGCGGCCCCUGCGCAGCCCCGCGUGGCCAACCCGCCCCGGCUGCUGCAGGUGAUCGCCAUGUCCAAGGCGCCGGGCGGGCCGGGCCCCAAGGCGGCCGAGACGGCCUCAUCCUCCAGCGCCAGCUCCGACUCCUCCCAGUACCGGUCGCCGUCAGACCGCGACUCGGCCAGCAUCGUCACCAUUGACGCGCAUGCGCCCCACCACCCCGUGGUGCACCUGUCCGCGGGUAACGGGCCCUGGGAGUGGAAGGCGGCGGGCGGCGGGGCUAAGGGGGCGGAGGGCGAGGGCAGCUACGAGCUGGGGGACCUGGCUCGCGGCUUCCGGGGUGGGCCCAAGCCGCCUGGCGUGUCCCCCGGCUCGUCCAUCAGCGACGUGGACCAGGAGGAGCCACGCUUUGGUGCCGUGGCCACCGUCAACCUGGCCACGGGCGAGGGGCUGCCCCCGCUGGGCGCAGCCGACGGGGCACUGGGGCCGGGCAGCCGCGAGUCGACCCUGCGGCGCAAAGCAGGCGGCCUGGCGCUGGGCGAGCGCGAGGCGGCAGGCGAGGCGGAGGCAGAGAGCUACUACCGCAAGAUGCAGGUGGCCCGCAGGUUCAAGGACUGAGCGCAGCGGCCGCCGGGCCAAACGGGGCGGGGCAGCCGCAUGGGGCGGGGUGGACGCGGGCGGGGCGGGACUUCGUGGCAGACAAUAAAGGUCGAUACUGGCGUCUGGCUCCUCAGUCAUUUCGGUCCAAGGACCCCCGAGGGCAGCCCUGUGGUGGCACACGGGCCAGGGUCCCCAGCUCCACCUGCCUGGGGCGCACACUCGUUGUGGGGGGCGGGGCCCGUCGAGUGCACCGGGAGCUAGGGCAGUGCCGAGGUCCACACUGUGGGGCACGACCCC